AUCUCUCUCCCAUUGCUUCAAAGUUGCUUGAGGUUAUGUCGGAAUGAUAAGAUCUAGAGCAAAAACCGCAAAAUGAGUGAUAUGCCCAAUAACAACUGUGAUGACGAAAAUGAUGAUGAUGCUUCCCUGUCACUCAUUGAUCUACCUCCUGAGAUCCUCUGCCACGUGGUGUCAUUCCUACCCGUGGUCUCUGUGCCUGCCUUGGCUCAAUCGUGUCGCGUUGGCCAAUCCAUCUGUGAUACCGAGACCGUUUGGGACGCAUUGACUCGAAGGGAAUAUCGCAUCCAUCUCCAGCCUCAUAGUGGCUUCUCGUCCAAGGCUUUUUUCCAGAAAAUCCUCGUCAAAUACGGCCGAUAUCUCGGGUUAUGGCAGCGAUUCGAUCUCGAGCACUACGGCAGUCUACAUCAAUUUUAUUACCACGAUCAUGCUCUUCAUUUCAUUGAAUGGAUUCCACCUUGCAAUCCGAAUGUCCUGAGCAAUCUCCGGGUCAAGCACUUCUUUUCCAUAGGCCUGGAUUUGGAGCACAAUGUUCUCAUUAAUGCAGAGCCCAAGGAUCGGUGGUUGGGAGGAUCAAUCAUUGAGAUCAAGGACUUGAAAGACCGUUUGUGGUUGGACUUGUCCAAUUGCCCAGACCUGACCUUGGAUCCCCUCUCCUGGUUUGAGGAGUUGAAUCAUUUCGCCAUGAUCUACACGGGUGCACCUUACAAUCGAGGAGAGCAUCAGUUGUUGACCAUGCAAUUCCUCAGUUUGUACCAUAAGCGUACCAACCUGUGUUUCCAAAGGUUGAAACAAUUGAGCCCGCCCAAUCCCAGUGAAGUCCCCAUUCGUCCAGGGUUGUUCAAAGGCACCUAUGGACCCCAUGGCAUUGAAAUAGUCAACUUACAGUUCCAACAAACCGGUGACGAUGAGACCGAAUUUUUGUGCAUUAAGGUGACCGGUGAUCCCAAUAUCCCAUUUGAUCAAGUCACUUUCAAAGGGAACCUUUCAGACUUUAUCGUACUGAGCUCCGAUGAGCAGGCCGACCUUCAGUGCCUCAGUGAAGUCCUGCCGGAUAAAAAUCAGCCUAAGCUUAAUUGGAAAGAGCAUCCUGCACAAUCCUUGAUUAUCCCGAACCAAGUCCAGACUCGCUCAGAUUUACCCCAGGUGCGAAACGCGCAAUCCCGAUUUUUGUGCCAAUGCCAGAUUGCGGGUCACGGGUUUCGACAUCCCCAAUUCAUCUCUGGGCACUUUCUUGUGAUAAACGACGACCUGUUCGCUGUUCUCUUUAUUGAAUUGGCGUCCUUGAGCUUCUAUCAUCGGAUUCAGACCGAUCUCGAUCGCGUUUGUUUUGAUCCCCUCUCUGAAUGUGAAUCUGCGAUGUCAGCAGAUGCUAUUGAUCAGGAAUAGAAAAAUUAUAUCAUUCUAAAGAGACGGUGUAUCUUCAGGUGCUUGCUUAAGUUGUGGGGGAAAUCCGGCGCGCUUUAAUAUCCGUACAAUUUGAGUCUCAUCCUGACAAGGAAACCGAAACUAAAUGAUGUUUCUAUUGUGGUCAGACGUCUCUAUUGUUGAAAAUAUUGUUGAUGUGUUGAUGUGCGCUAUUCGUCAAGCCCAAUUUUAAAGCUUUCUCUGGGGUCCGUCUGGAAACAUUGCUUUGUCCUGUCACAUCUGAAAAAUCACUUUCAGAUUCGAGAUUCGCCUUAUUGAAAUAUUUGAGCCUAAGACGUCUGUCGAGGCAUCAAUUGAAGAUCUGGAAAAUGAAAAAGAAAACACUUUCUAUUUUGGAAGCCUCCCUUGUUGGUUGGUCGCAAUAGCUUGCUUGUGUGUUCCUGUGGAUGUCUAAUAUGCCAUGGACACGACAUACUAGCCGUGACUGAUGUCCAUGUUCAAGUGACGUACGAGGCAACCAUACAACAUGAUUCUGCCAAUCUCCAACAUGAAGAACUCAACGUCGAGGUUUAAGGCAAAUUGAUAAGAGAAGGCAAUAAUAUAUUUUUCCGUUUGAUUCA